AUGGAAGUCAAUUACCCUGAAUUAGUUGAGGACUACAAUUUGUUCAUAACAACAGGAGAAAGAUAUGUUUAAGAAUUUCUUUAAAAGAAGGCGCUUCAAUAUGCCUUAUUUUAGAUUCAAGAAAAUCUGAUUAUUGAAUAACACUUAUCAGAGAAGAAGAAUAAGAAAGUUUAGAUUAAGUAAUCGAGAAUAUAGACUAUCAGAUAUAAAUGUUUGAAUUUUCUUGAUAUUUAGAUAAAUUUAUCUUUGAAGGAUAAAAAGUUGGCAAUCAAUAUGAAAGCCGAUGAUUGUAACAUUACCAAUUUCCUAAGCAUGGAACAACUAAUCAAAAUUACUCAUGAAUUACAAAUUGGAUACACUUAAGAUGAGUUGAUAGUAAAUUUUACUUUAAAGAAUCAUCAGGAAUGCAGAGAGGAUAAGUCUGUGUUAUUUAUUGAUAAGAAUGUUUAUAUUAGUGAUUGA